UUUUUUUCUGAGUCAUGGGUGUUUUCUAUGUAAAUAAGUAUGUAUUUAUCUAUAUACGUACAUAUGUACAUUGUCGCCUAGGACCCAUACUACAAGUUUUGCUUACUUUAGGGCUAGAUCGAUCUGUGUAAGAUUGUACCUAAAUAUAAUUUUUUUAACUUAUUCAUUGCUAAUACAACGUGUUACACCAGCCACUAAAAGUAGUGUGGGUACACGUUGUAUAUAGGUCAUACUGGUGUUGAUAUCUUUUAUGGGAGAGUCAAUUUUUUAUCGCGAUUUCGAGGUUGGUAUCAUAGUAAAAGUUGCUCAGUAUGACUUAUACAACGUGUACCCACCCCACUUUCAUUGGCUGGUGUAACACGUUGUAUAAAUACCAAACUUCUAAACACUAAUGUUUAUAUGGCAUCGAACACAUAUUCUAGAUAGGUAGGUAUCAUAAUUAUCUGUCUUUUUUCCCUACAAUUUCAUAGAAAUGUCAUUCCAUAGUUCAGGUAUACUAAAUUUGAGAGGGAAGAAUAGCUUUUCGACCCUAGCGAAAUAACACUACUUUUUCUAUGAAAAUCCUUUUCGGGAGAAAACGUUUUUCACUAACUAAAUCUAAACAAAUCGCUUUGAUGUUGGUGUCAAUCGCUUCAGCAUAAUAUAUUCUAGGUUCAUAGGUUUCGUUUUAAAAGAUUUUUAAAGCGUUGCAAAUGUAAAAAGAAAAACCUAUAAACUUAGUUUUUCAUUGUGUCAAUAACAUACAAAAAAAUAAUGGAGAAUGGAAAAUAUGUAGAAGUGAAAUAGUACAUUGUGGAAAGCAAAAUACUCUUGAUGUGGCUCGUUAACCUAUUGAUUAGUGUUAAGUGAGAGUUCAUAACAUGCGUGCGUUGCUAGGAAUUACAGGUGGCGCUUCAAAAUGGAUACAAAAAAGUUUCACGAGAGGGCUCUCUUUGUCCUGUAUAUUAUACUACUAUUUGCUUCCCUCUUAAUGUUUAUGCUUUACUCAAUAACAACACUGAAUUUGUUAUAAUAAAGCGACAUAAAAUAGCUUACAAUACAAUCCAGUCAGUGACCAAAAAUAAUACGGUUAAAUUCAUAAGAAAAAUAAUGUGGGUAGUCCAACCCCGCUAUGAGAUUUUUAUGCACCUACCUGGCAUAAUUUAUCUUAAACAUAUUAACGGUCGCGCUGGUCGUGCCUGGGAGCUAAGUGCAAUAGAACAAGAAUAAGGUAAAAUAAUUAGUGUUUAUAGCUUUAGACUUUUGUGGAAUAUGGACAAAGAAAAUGCAAAAGCGAAAACAAGGAUUCCUAUACCACUGGCACCUCUGCCACCUUUGCCGAACCGAUUGCUGAAAAAAUUAAGCGAGAGACCCCCAUUGAAUACAUUAGCUGGCCCUAAUGGACUCAAUGAUCAUGUGUCCUCUUUGAAUUUGCUAUGCGUGGCUGGCCCAAGCAAUUCACAAAAUAAAAGCGUUCUCAAUAGACCAAAGAGUCCUUUUCAAAUUGACACUAAAUUCGUAACAGUGCGACGGGGUUGUGAAGAUUUCAACUCUGUUGCGUACCAAGAUGAUAAGAGAAGAAUUUCAGAGCCGAGCGUCAUUACUAUUAGCAGUGAUGAGGAAAAUGACACAAACGAAAAGGAUAAAGAUGGUCUUGCUAAUAAGAAACAGUUAUCAGCAAGUACCCCGGGUCUUAACAAAUUGGUUCCAGCCAGGGUGAAGAAUAUAAAGCGAAGCUUGAAGAGACCUCAUAGCAGGGAGCUGCAAGGUUUAACACCACUGGAAAAUCAGGCAAGGGUAGAUGGCCGAGCAAAACGGAGACUUAAUUUCAAUCAAACGGUUCGUGAGAGGAUGCAGUCACCUGAUUUAUUACAAAAAUCGUACAUGGCUAGUAUGGAAAGAGAAUACACGGCUGAAAUUCUAUUAUACCUCUUACAAGUCGAAACGAAAGCAGUGGCACUUCCACGGGUGAAGAGCGAGACGAGAGCGUGCGUUAUCAACUGGUUGAUGAAAAUUAACGGCAUAGACGGCAACCCAGCCACCAUUCAGACCGCGGCGUGGUACCUGGACACGGUGCUGACUACAGGCAACGUGACGCUGGAGAACAUGCAGCUAGUGGGUGCGGCCGCGUACUGGAUCGCGUCCAAGCACCACGGGCCGCCCAUACCUGCGUCCAAGCUUGUCAAAUACGCCAAUCACGCCUUCACGCAGGAGAAGCUGCUGGAGGCGGAGAAAGCCAUAUUGGUUAGAUUGAAAUUCCCGCGUCAACCAGUAGUGCCUCAAGACUACCUCUGUUACUUCGCUUGGUGGUGCAACAAAGAACGGCCUGGCGAGAUCGAAGUAGCCUCUACGUUCCUCUGCCUCUGCGGGAUGAUGGUUUACAAGAGCCUCUGUCCCGAGUACCCGUCCGUAGUCGCCGCGGCGUCUAUAAGGAAUGCUUUGUUGUUGUUGAAGAAAAAGGAGCUGAUGCCGCGAUUGCAGAGGUGUCCGGCAUUCGUAGCUGUUGAAAAAAAGGCCGGAAAUAUAUCGCACACGUGCGCCAUUCUUCGCAACGCGGUGCGCGUGGUGGCUGCGAAGAACUACAGCUACAAGUUUAUACUCGAGCAGUACGGGAUGCCGCCGAAGUACAUCGCGCAAACCCUCGUGGAUGCGGCCAACGAGCUCGCGGUCAUGGACACUAGGAUUACCGCUGCCAUAUUUUGAACUGAAAUAUGUAGGAAGAAAACAAACUGCACCUGAACCAUAAUUAUUUAGGACAGUAAAUUAUGCUCAAUGAAAGUAUACUUCUAUUAGUAAUAAAUUAAUACGUACAUAAAACAGCACAUCUACAGUGGCGCCAACUGGUGAGCACAAAAACGGUAGCCCUCAUUGAGAGAAGAUUGUGUUGGAAAAGAGGGAUUGCAUUUUUCUUUUUGUAAAAAUAUGUUAUAAUGUAAAUUUCUUGUUUGGUUAAGUUUUAAAAUAUGCAGGUGGGGCUUGUUUUUUUAGUUUGUGUACUUAAAGAAAUAUCAUUUUAAAAUCUUAAACUCGUUUGUAUCGCACAGUCACGUAGUAUUAUUAGUUUAAUUGUAUGUUUAUUAUAAGGUGUUUAAAUGUGACGUAAUUAAGUAUAAGUAUGUACAAUUUGACUUUGAUUGAUUAGCAUCUAAUUAAUGACUUAUGAAAUUAUAAAUUUAAGAAAUAAUUAAAUUAUAUGACGUCACUAGUUAUUGUUAUGCUUAUGAAUUUAAAUACAAUUUUAUUACAGAGCGAAGACAC